CUAAAAUAUUUAAGAUCAUACAUUUAUAUCUCAGUACACUGUUUAAUAUAUACUAUAUACUCAUUUGAAGCUAUAUGCUUUACAUGAUCUACCAUUAUAUUGAGUAGUUGCAAGUGGGUACACUAUUUCUUAUUUUUUAUAUUAAAUACGUAAUAAACAAAAUGAGUUCGGGUUUUAUAACGGAAAGUGAAGUACAAGAAGUAAGGAAGAAAAGGCAGGAAGAAUGGGAACGUGUCCGAAAAGCAGAGGAUCCAAUAGAACGUCCAGAGCAACCUUCAGACAACCGAAGUUUGUUUGAUAAACUACAGGAACAGAAACAGAAGAAGGAUAUGGAAUAUGAAGAAGCACACAAAUUAAAAAAUAUGAUAAAAGGCCUUGAUGAUGAUGAAAUAGAAUUUUUAGAUUUGGUGGACCGUAGCAAAAUGGCAGCAGAUCGUAAAAAAAAUUUGGAAGAGCAAAAGGAACUGAGUGAUUACAGAAACCGAGUAGCCACCUUGCAGGAGAAGUCACUAGAUCAAAAGAUACAAGCAGAAAUGUCAAAGAGCAAGCCGAAGUCUCAAAUAAAUAGAAAGUCACAAAUAAAACUGCUCCAAGGUGCAGUUGUCAAGAAAUCUGAACCUAAAAAACGAAAAAUUUCAGAGAGUGAGACUGAAGUGAAAGAUAAUAUUACUACACCAUGCAAUACUGGUUUAACUUGUAUUGGAAUAUUGCCAGGCUUAGGUUGCUAUAAUGAUUCCAGCUCUGAUGAGGAUGAAAGCUCUUCAGAUUUUGAUGAAGAUAUUCAUGAUGGAAAUGUUAAAAAGGAUUUGUUAGGGAGAAAAAUUAUCAAAAAGGAUGUUACUGAAUAAAUUUCUGUUUAAAAAGAAAUAUUGUAUUAAGUUGCUAUAUAUGUGUAAUUAAUCUAAAUAGCUCCAUAUGAAUUUGGAGAUACACUUUAUAACAUAUAACAAAUGUAUAUGCUAGAGUUUACAAUUUAUUUUAAUUAUAUUAUUAUUAAUAAAUUUAU